CCGCGUUGUCUCGGCGACCGCGGGAAAGCUCGUGUGGCGAUGGUUCCAUGGUAUCUCUCGCGACAAGUCUGCAUGGCCGCCAUAUUGGAGCGGUCAACGUCUAUUAAUGGGCUGUUGCAAUAUGAAUGGGCUGUUCCAAGUUGAAUGGGCAGUACCAAUGUGAAUGGGCUGAACCAAUGUGAAUGGGCUGUACCAAUAUGUUUUGAGUACCAAUAUGAAACGGACUUCCCCUCCGUGACGUCCGGAGGAUCAGGAAACAAAAAAGAAAACUUCUCCUGUGAGGUGAGAGUUUACGGAAACGCGUUAACGUGGAGCGAUAAACUGGAGUUAGGAGGAGGAGAGAUGGCUGCGUUCUACGAGAGUGAGCAGGACAGCCUGGAGGCGGAGCGCGGCGGCUGCGGCGGGGAGCUGUCCAGCUGUGCGAUGGCCAUGCUGGAGAAGGAGCGGGAGUCGCUGCUCAGCCCGUCCGAGAGCUCGGGGACGCUGUUCGGGAGCACGCCCACCUCCCUGCUGACCGCCGCCCCCCUGCAGGGCUACGACGUGGAGUUCGACCCCCCCCUCGAGAGCAAAUACGAGUGCCCCAUCUGCCUCAUGGCACUGCGCAACGCCAUCCAGACGCCCUGCGGACACCGCUUCUGCAAGCACUGCAUCCAGAAGUCCAUCCGCGACACCGGCCAGCGCUGUCCCGUGGACAACGAGAUGCUCUCAGAGGAGCAGCUCUUUCCUGAUAACUUUGCCAAAAGGGAGAUCCUGUCCCUCACGGUUCGCUGUCCCAACGCCGGCUGCAAACACAAGAUGGAGCUCAGGCAUCUGGAGACCCACGUGGGCCAGUGUCCCUUCGCCACCCUGCUGUGCCCCCACUGCCAGCAGGCGGUGCUGAAGAGCAGCUUGGAGGAGCACGCCACCCUGCAGUGCCUCCGCCGCCUGGUCUCCUGCCCUGACUGCGUGGCCAGCUUCGUCUACGAGGAGCAGCAGCUUCAUGAGCUGCAGUGUCCAUUCGCCAACGUGAAGUGCCAGUACUGUGGGCUGGAGCUCAUCAGGGACCAGAUGGAGUCUCACUGUGACACCGACUGCCCCAAAGCGCCCAUCGCCUGCACCUUCAGCACCUUCGGCUGCCAGGAGCGGAUGCAGCGGCACAACCUGGCGCAGCACACGCAGGAGUUCACCCAGAUGCACAUGCGCUACAUGGCCGAGUUUGUGCGCAGCAUGAGCCUGGGCGAGACCGCGCCCAAAUCGCUGUGGCUGCCGGGGGCGUCCUGCUCGUCCUCAGAGGACCAGGGGGCGGCGGGGCCCCCCCCGGGCCCCUGCGGCCCCCGGGGGUCCUCCAUGUGGAGCGGGGCCAGCGGCGCCGCCUCCUGCCAGAGCAGCGAGGUCAGCCAGACGCUCCGGGAGAUGGACGGACGCCUGGUGACACAGGACCACCAGCUGAGAGAGCUGGUCAUCGGGAAGGAGACGCAGGGCGGGCAGCUGGCGGAGCUGCGUCGGCGGGUGGCCGUGCUGGAGGAGACGGUGAAGGAGCUGGAGGCGCAGCAGUGCCAGGGGAUCUUCGUGUGGCGGCUGCGGGGGUUCUCGGCGCUGCUGCGGAACCAGGAGCAGGGGGUGCCGGUGGUGGAACACAGCCCCUGCUUCUACACGGGCCGGCCCGGCUACAAGCUCUGCCUCAGGCUGCACCUGCAGGCGCCCAACGCCCCACGCUGCUCCAACUUCAUCUCCCUGUUCGUGCACACCAUGCAGGGGGUGUACGACGCCCAGCUGAGCUGGCCCUUCCAGGGCACCAUCCGGCUGGCGGUGCUGGACCAGGGCGCCGAGGGCCAGCACCACAUGGAGGAGAUGGACACCAAGCCCGACCUGCAGGCCUUCCAGAGGCCCACCAUCCCGCGCAACCCCAAGGGCUUCGGCUACGUCACCUUCCUGCACCUCAACCAGCUGCAGCAGCGCGCCUACGUCAAGGACGACACCCUGAUGGUGCGCUGCGAGGUCGGGCUGCGCUUCGACGCCGUGCUGCGCCGCGAGGGCGCCGCCAUGACCCCCCGGGGCCCCGAGGACCCCCCGGGGCCCCGGGACGUCUAGGGGCCCCGGGACGUCUAGGGGCCCCGA